GGGUGAGCGGCUGUUUGUGUGACACACGGAGGAAAGCGGCCUUUCCUGCUCCUUUCAAAACCGCCCCGGGACAUCGACCUGCAGACACAGGUUGCUGAGCUGUGGAGGCUACACUUCCAGGAAGAACAUCUGAUGACUACGGUUCAGUCAUGAUUCUCUGAGCGAGAAAUCAAGUGUGUUCAGAAACACACCCAGCUUCCAGGAGCCAAUGGGACACUCUGGAGAGUCUGGCAGGGGUCAGGGCCUUCAUAACCCCGACCCUGUGGUCCGUGAGGCCUUCAUCAUGUCCUAUGACUACAUCAACUAUGUGACGGCUGCGCCGGGCAAGCCUGUUCCCGCUGCACCCACUGCAGCCUCUGCAGCCUUACGCCACGCCGGCGAUGAGCUGCUCCUCAAGUUCCCCAUCUUUUUCCGCCGGUGGCCGCGCAUCUUCCAGGAUGUGACGGAGAGCUCUGCCUGCCCCAUGCUCCUUGCCAUCCUGGACGAACACUUUUCUCCCACAGCCCCUGGGGGGCGCCGGAGAGAGCUGGCCUGGAGCGCUAUCCUGUCUGUGUAUGUGCUGGCUGGGCAGAUGGCAGUGCAUUGCCAGGAGAAGGGCAUGAUGGGAGCUUUACCCCAGCUGCAGGAGUGUGUGGGGGAGUAUGUGGAGAGGCUGAUCUGCCCAGAGAUCCGUGACAAGGGCGGAUGGGAUGGCUUUGUGUCUCGCUUUGGUAAGAAACAGAACCUCGAGACACAAGUAAAGCGAGUUUGCUGCUAUGCUCUGCUGCUGUUGGCUACAGGAAUCUUUUUCCAUCUGCUGUGGAAAAGAAGACAUCUAUGACAUCACAGCACACCUUGAUGGAAGGGGUAACUCACACCCAGAAAGUGUGCUCACUCCUGAGCUUCCUGAUCUAGAGCAAAAAUGUCUUAAACUAUUAAAGGCUGUGCAUGUUCUCAGAACACUAAAAACUAACAAUAUAUUUGACAGUGUUUGCCAGAUUUAAAAGAGCCCUUUGGGAGCUGUGCUGUGGUAUAUGUGGUGUAGUUACUCUAAAGAGCCAGAAGAGGUCACUAAUGUACAUGUCACACAGUUUACACCAAAUAAAUUCUGA